AUGUCGGAUACAGAACAAGCUACACAACCAUCAAUUGAAAAGAAGGAACCAGAAGUUAUCACUGAAAAGAGUGAAGCCGAAGAAAGUUCAAAGAAAAGAGCUCACGAAGAAGUUGCAAGUGAAACCAAAGAUGAGAGCUCUGUAGGCAGUACUGAUAAAAGCUCCAAGAAAAAGAAGCAUAGAAGACGUCAAUAUGAUGAUGCUUUACCAAAGGAGACCAAAUCUGAAGAUGAAGAAGAAGAGGAAGAAGAGGAUGAAGGAAAUGAAGAUAAUCUUGGACUCGAAGAAGGGGAAGAGGAUGAUUUAUUGGAAAUCGACCAAUCUAAUAUCAUCACAGGAGGUAGAAGAACAAGAGGAAAAGUUAUUGAUUUCGCUAAGGCAGCAGAAAAGUUGAAGAGCGAACAAGGUGUUCAAGACGACGAAGAUGACGAAGAAGAUGAUGGAGAAUUUAAUGAAGAAGUCAAGGAAGCGGCCAAGUAA